CUAUUCUCGUCGCCCCGCAUUCCUCAACCGUCCGACUCAAUGUUGGUCGCCCAGCGCUCGCUCGCUCUCAGCCCGAUCCCUACCCUCUCCAACCCUUCCGCCUCCCCCUCGGCCGCCGCUCGCCGCUUCGCUCGCCUGCUACCUGGCGCCCUUCCCGGCCCCCUCCUCCUCGGUCCCGGCGACCGCCGCCCCGGACCUUCCGAACUCACCGACACCCUCAAGAUCCUCGAGUGGGACAAGCUCUGCGGCGCUGUCGCCGCCUUCGCUGGCACUGCCCUAGGCCGUGAUGCCACUAAGGCGCAGCUUUCACACGUUGAUGUGUCCUUCGAGGAAAGCAAUAAGCUGUUGAAGGAGACUGCCGCCGCCGUUGAGCUGAUCAAUUAUGGAGCUGGAGGAUUCGACUUCGCUGGCGUAGAUACCGUUUUGGUAAAGUCGGCUAUUACUCGUGUAUCUAGAGGUUCUCCAUUGAAUGGAUCCGAAGCAAUGGCUGUUGUUGGGCUUAUAAAAUAUGCUGAUGCCUUGCAAGUCACUCUUAAGACAGCAGUGAAAGAAGAUUCAGAGUGGUAUAGCCGUUUUAUGCCCAUUACUCCAAUGCUAAUGGAUGUUGCUAUUAGCCAGUCAUUUGUCAAGUCUGCCCAGCUGGUGAUCGAUGAAGAUGGAUCUGUUAAAGAUAGCGCAAGUUCCGAGCUUAGAAGAUCCCGUGAUCAAGUUCGAUCACUUGAGAGAAAGGUGUAUCAGCUUGUGGACAAGUUAAUUAGACAGGGUAAAAGUGAAACUUCCACAUCGGAAAUGUGCAUUGUUAAUGGCCGAUGCUGCAUCAGGGUAAUGGGUGACAGAUCUACGACACUUGGUGGACUACUCUUGUCUAGUGAUUCAAGUUCUGGAAGUAUGUUGGAGCCGAUUGCUGCUAUACCAUUGAAUGAUGAGUUACAACAAGCUAGAGCUUUGGUGGUUAAGGCCGAGGAAGAUGUCUUGUCAAGGCUAACUGAUAAGAUGCUUGAAGAAAUUGAUGAUAUCCAGUAUUUGCUGCAAACAAUAAUAAGUCUGGACGUUAUAACUGCAAGAGCGAAAUACAGUUUAGCAUAUGGUGGCACCUACCCUGAUAUUUAUCUGCCAAGUUACGUAGGGGGAGAAUGCCCUGAAGUAUUGCAUGAAGGUGUAACCACUCAAAGUGCUCCAUUUAAUCUGUCAAAUAAGAAAUGGAAACUGUAUAUGCCAAAGUGUUAUCAUCCUCUUUUACUUAAACAACAUCAUGAAAACUUACAGAAGGCAAAGAAGGAUGCUGCUGAUGCUACUUUUGAGAUCAGAAGGAAUUCACAUGGUGGAGGGGAAGAAGAAGGGCGGGCACGCCUUGCAUCCAUGAAACUCAGGGUUUCUGAGCUAGAAGAAAAUAGGCCAAUACCUGUUGAUUUUAUGAUCUCAGGAAAUACUGGUGUGCUGGUUAUAACUGGUCCAAAUACAGGGGGUAAAACCAUUAGCUUGAAGACGGUUGGUUUAUCAUCAUUGAUGGCUAAAACAGGUGUUUAUGUUAUUGCAUCUGAGCCUGUUAAAAUUCCCUGGUUUGAUGGAAUAUUUGCUGAUAUUGGAGAUGAGCAAUCUUUAACUCAGUCACUUUCAACCUUCUCUGGGCAUCUUAGACAGAUUGGUGCUAUUCGUUCCAGAUCAACAAAUAAGUCAUUGGUUCUCUUGGAUGAAGUUGGUGCAGGAACUAAUCCACUUGAAGGAGCAGCUCUAGGAAUGUCCAUUCUAGAAUCUUUUGCUGAAGCUGGUUCUUUUCUAACUAUAGCUACAACUCAUCAUGGAGAGCUUAAAACACUGAAGUACAGCAGUAGUGCUGCAUUUGAAAAUGCAUGUGUGGAGUUUGAUGAACUCAGCUUAAAACCAACGUACAAGAUCCUCUGGGGAGUGCCAGGCCGUUCAAAUGCAAUUAAUAUUGCUGAAAGGCUAGGUCUGGCAAAUGUUAUUGUGGAUGGUGCACGCAAGCUACUUGGAACUGCAAGUGCAGAGAUCAAUGAGGUAAUAGUCGAUAUGGAAAGGUUUAAACAAAGCUUCCAACAAGAUCUUCAGGACGCAGAACGCUACUUGAUGCUGUCAAAAGAACUACGUGGAAGCCUAUUGCUGGCAAAGAAGAAGAUUGCAGAUCAUGGUGUUAAGUUGAAAAGAAGAAAAGCAAAAGCAAUCGCAGAUAGUGCUGCAGUGGCACGAUCUCUACUUCGUCAUAAGCUGCAUCAGUUUCGUGAGUCUACUGAGAUGAAAUCAAAAAGUGAGAACAUAGUAAUACCUAAUAGCCACUCAAUGGAAAAUCUUGAGCAUCCAAAGUCAAACACCUCCUCAGGAUGGAGCAUAUCGUCUCAAACUACCAACCCUAUGAAUGCUAAGGAAUGCUAUGUGCCAGCAGUAGGCGAUACAGUAAAUAUUCCAUCUCUUGGCAAGGAUGCCGUCGUUCUGAAGGUCGAAGAAUCCAAAGGGGAAAUUCUGGUCCAGGCUAGUAACAUGAAGUUGAGGUUAAAGCUCACGGAUAUUAAAAGCUAACGGACGAGAAGGAUACGAGGAGGAUACGAGUAAGUUGAUGCUUCCCUAUUCGAUGAUGAAAGCUCUGAGAUAAUUUAACCGUUACAUAGGAAAUGUUCAUGUAAAAAAUAUAAAAAUUUAAUGUAGAAAAAUUGAAAUGCUAAA